AUGGGCUGGAAAAUCCCUUUUCUAACUCGUGGGUCUCAUCUUGCUGCCACAGCACAACGGCUGAAAACCUGCUCAAGUCAACCUGCAAACAAAAUCAGAGGCUGUGACUCCCAGGGCUGUGGCAGAGAUAGCUGGAAGAAGCACAGGGGAGCGGACGUGGUGUGCGAGGAUGGCUCAGUGGUGUAUGCACCCUUCAUGGAAAAGAUCGACAGACACUCCAGGCCCUACAGAAAUGGCAAUGCCAUCGACAACAGAGUCCGGCUUUCAGGACCAGGAUUCUGCAUUAAGAUGUAUGACAUCAAGUUCAUCAAGUGCAAUGAUUCCAUCAGAAAGGGAGAGAAAAUCGGUGUCCUGCUGCCCAUGCAAAGGGUCUACCAAAGAAUUACAUCCCAUGUCCAUAUCCAGAACCGUGACUCAACAGAUCCCACUCCCAAUCU